UCUGCAUCCGCUCAAGAUCAGCUCUACCAAAAACAUGAUGAAAAGUUUGUAUUUGUUGCUCCUCUUCUGUUGUGUCACAUCUCCAGUGACACACACACUGAUAAUGUUCUUCAUCGGAUCUCAUGGAGUCCCAAAUGUCCCGGAGUUUGUUGCUGUUGCAAUGGUUAAUGGAGUUGAGGUGAUUUACUGCGACAGCAUCACCACAGUUGCAGAACCCAAACAGGACUGGAUGGAAACACUAAAAAAAGAUGAUGCAAAAGAGCUGGACUGGUACACUGAUGAGUGUCGUGCUGGUCAACGCUUCUUCAGUUCCACCAUCGAGAUUUUGAUGCUGCGCUUCAACCAAACUGGAGGUAAGCACGUUUUCCAGAGGAUGUUCGGCUGUGAGUGGGAUGAUGAGACUGGGAAGAUCAACGGUUUUAAUCAGUACGGGUAUGAUGGAGAAGACUUCAUCGAACUUGACCUUAAGACAGAGACAUGGAUUACUCCAGUACAGCAGGGUGUAAUCACCAAACACAAGUGGAGCAAUGACAAAGCGGGAAUGGCUUCCAUUAAAAAGUUCCUCACCCAGGAGUGUCCUGACCGGCUGAAGAAGUAUGUGGACUAUGGGAGGAUCUCUCUGCUGAGAACAGAUAUCCCCUCAGUGUCUCUCCUCCAGAAGUCUCCGUCCUCUGCAGUCAGCUGCCACGCUACAGGUUUCUACCCCGACAGAGCCGUGAUAUUCUGGAGGAAAGACGGAGAGGAGAUUCAUGAGGAGGUGGAUCUCGGAGAGACCCUCCCCAACCACGAUGGAUCCUUCCAGAUGAGCAGUGAUCUGAACAUUUCAGAAGUCCCUCCUGAAGACUGGAGGAGGUACGAGUGUGUGUUCCAGCUUUCCAGCAUGAAGGACGACAUCAUCACCAUACUGGACAAAUCAGCAAUCAGGACUAACAGAGGCCGAGAGGUCCAUGCUGGUGCUCUAAUUAUCAGAGUUUUUAUAGUCCUGAUCCUGCUGGCAGUCGGCAUCAUUGGGGUCUUUAUGUGCAAAAGGAAAAAUAAUGGGAUCCAGCCUGUUAACAUUCAAAUGGCCCCCAGCUAACUUUGACUGUUUUACAUCCACAAAGGACCGACUGAACUGGUGGUUCUGCUCAGAGAAAUGAAAUAAUAAAAAUUUCAUUUGUAUAGUUAUUUUAGAAGAGAAGGAUAAAAGAAUAAUCACUUGCAUGUGUUUAGCAUGCUUUUUAGCAACACCAUAUGUGGACUUUCUUUCUCUCUGUAUCAGUUGUUGAGGGUCCGUUUUAUCCCACUUGCUUUUUUUAAUCACCUUUUACAUGCUUCUUUUCUAAUGUUUUAAAUGUGUUUCCUUUCCCCCUGU